AUGUUGUUGAGGCUCGUUGCGGCGUUGCUCUUCGUUCAGCUUGCGUUUUUGCUGACUCCAGUAGAUGCCAUCGAUUUGCAGCACUGGCAAUGUGGAAGCGAGAAGGAAAGCAAGAAACUUGCCCAUCAACUCAUUCACAAGGAUUGCCCCGAUGUAGCUGGUGAACUCAACCAUUGCUGCGUGAUUCACGAUGAUUGCUACGCGAAACAACAUGGACAAGAAUAUUGCGAUAGGGAAUUCUGUGAUUGCAACAAGCGAGCGCUGAAGGGCCGACAAUUCGAGAAAUGCGAGGAUCACAAUCAAUUGGUGUGUUUAAUGAUGCCACUCAUUGGCACUUGGGCCUACGAUAACUCUGUCAACUGGACCGAACCCGAGAACACCAUCUACUAUCGGCCACCGGGCGUCCUCUAUCCAGUUUUCGACGACCUCUACAAAGUGUGCUCUGAUAUUCCAGUAAUCUUGUCUUCUUGCUCGUACAACUACAUGGAAUGUGCCUUGGGAACGAGAGGAGUCAGUAAUUGUGGUGGCGAGUUGGCCCAUUGUCUUGAGGGAUUGGGGAAAGAAAGCCGGCGAGCGGAAUGUGAUGCCGAGUCGAAGAAAGUGGCCUCGAUUGUGAGAAUAGAAACCUACCGACGAAUUGACUUCACAAAUGCCGAGCACCAACGGAUGUUAUGGAACGGAUUUAUCGCGAUUUUGGGUGGUCUCUCGCUUGGAUGUGUGUUGUGGGCAAUGCUCACCUCAUGGAAACGUUACUCUCUUUCUCGAAGCAACUCACAAGCCUCUUCCAUGGACAACAUCAAGUAUCAGACUGUG